ACCAGGCCUUUAAACCCCCGCGUGCACACCCUACCACUUACACUGCUUCCUCUUUUCCCAUGUUCCCUUACAACAACAUUCAGUAUAUUCGAAGCGAAACCAGAUAAAUCGAGAAUUUCACUUGAACUCGACUUACUUGCUUCAUACUACUUAGAGACCAAUAAAGCUCACGGUGAGAAGAUCCUCUCCUGUGGAAAGACAACAGUGUGCUGACGCCCGCCAGAUGCAACCCUUGUGGAAGUCAGGAUACGUUGGUGGCGCCGUAGAAUGGGACCCGACGCCAUGUAGAGGCUGCGGAGAGACUGGCAUGCACACCACCAUCAAGCACAGAAGCUGCGCAACGAUGGAACUCGAAUCCUCCGUCGCCGCGCGAGUCUUAACCGAUCGCGCUUGGGAACGGCUAGAGCGUAUUAUCAAAGAUGCAGAAUACACGAUCGAAGAGCUCGACAAGGAGUGUCAAGUGGCAAAUGAUACCGUGUCUGAAUUGGAAGAUGCCAUUACGAAGGCUGAGCAGGAGGCAAUUUCGCAAGCCGUCCUUGGGCCUUUGAGAAGGGCGUUGCGAAAUGCGCAUGAUAUCCAGCUCAGCGUUUCCAUGUCGCGCAGUCGCCGGGUAGAGAUGCUGGCUUCAUUGUAUAGGCAGAAGAUGGCAAUGUGCGACUUGUUGAAUGUUGCAGAGGUUCGCGAGGAACUGGCCAUUGAGAUAUGUAUAUCAACCCGACCGACCAGCCGAGACACGAGACUAGAAGCGGCGAGAAGCGCCGGAGCACAGGCAUCGGAACGAGCCAGGUGGUGGCAACAAGACGAGUUUGCCGAUCCUGAAGAGCUUGGAGAGGACGAAGAGCAACAAUAUCAGCACUUCCUGGCAGAUUGGAAGUAUCGCCGGAUGGACAAAGUCCGCGAUCCUGAAAUCGACUUGCUCCGCGAUUGUAUGCAACUACCACCCUGCAGCUAUCCUCCGGGCCGCGCACGUGUGAUCAUACAGGACGAAGACAAAGGUUGGGCUCAGACUUCCACUCCAGUAGCCUCCUCGACGCCUGUCCAUUCGAUCAAGAUUGACGAUGAGAAAGACGAGGAGUCUGUCAGGUAUCCUACGCUCGGGUCUUCACCGCCCAUGUCUUCACCCGAGACGACGUCGAGUCCCCGCAGGCUGCUGUGGGGACAUAUCAAUGACAGAGCGACACGAGGCAGUGUAAAGCGCGGCGACAGCUCUCAUCCGGCGUCCGAUGAUUCGAUAGAAGAGGCGCUGGGCCGCGCAUUCAGAAACGUCAAGAGGUCUGACAGUGCUGGUGCUACUGCGGCAACGGGCCGGGCCCGACGAACUACGGACGCUACUAGGCAGGCGCGCCGGGUCAGGCCGUACUAGAGUGAGACGCGGGUUGAGACCCCGAAACCUCGGGAUGCCUGCGUGGAAGGGUUCUGGAAUGGAAAGUUUGUACACUUAUGACACUUGUAUUAUAGCUUUGAACAACUUUAUGAAACAAAGGCCAAGCUCACUCCGGGGACAUUGGAUUGACAGAAACGGUUGGGAAC